GUUGUUUUUGUUUUCUAGCCGAAAGGUGGUGCGCCGCGCGUGUUAAGAAUUCGUCGAAAACGUAGUGAGAAAAAAAAGAAGAAAAAUUCAAACGGGAUUAAACUAAUUGUUUUGCUGAAUGAACGUUGAGUGAAUUGUGCUUUUUGUUUUCGUUUCUGCCCUUUUUUUUGGUUAAAUUGUUCUGUCUCUCUCUCAAAAAAAGACAAAUUGCAAAUUGUGAGUGCCAGAUCGGUGGCAGCUACACCCAUAAUCGAGCGCAUCAUGAAUGGCUAUAACCGUGAAGCGGGCAAAAAGCGGCGCUAUGAAAUGCCACAGUAUGCCGUAUCGCCGAAGAAGAAAGCCAUCAAGGAACGUAUACCACAGCCAAAGAAUACGGUGGCCAUGCUGAAUGAGUUACGUCAUGGAUUGACGUAUAAAAUGGAAUCUCAGACGGGUCCGGUGCAUGCGCCUCUCUUUACAAUCUCCGUUGUGGUCGAUGGGCAAAAAUAUAUGGGCCAAGGACGAAGUAAAAAAGUGGCUCGGAUCGAGGCAGCUGCAACGGCGCUGCGUAGUUUUAUUCAAUUUAAGGAUGGAGCUGUUCUUACGCCAUUGAAGCCAUCCGGUAAUAUGGACUUCACCAGCGAUGAGCAUCUUGAAAAUGGUAGUGAAAACAUGUCGAAAGACCUAAUCGUCGAAUACAUUGAACGUUUGCUGUUGACUGAAAAGAAAAGCAAACUUACCUCGCUUGUAUUAUUCCCGUUUUGCAUGAAACAGAAUGUCAGUAAGAACGCGAUUGCGGUCGAUGGACAAAAGAAAGUGCCCGAUAAGGGUCCUGUGAUGUUGCUUUAUGAACUCUUCAAUGAUGUUAAGUUUGAGUGCGUCAAUAUCGAUGGAGCUCAGAAUAAUUGUCGUUUCAAGAUGACUGUUACCAUUAAGGAUAAGAAAUUUGAUGGCAUUGGUCCCUCCAAAAAAUUGGCCAAAAAUGCCGCUGCCAAGGCCGCACUUGCCUCGCUGUGCAAUAUCUCGUAUAGUCCAAUGAUGGCACCCCAAAAGAAUGUGCCGCUGCCCAUUGAUGAUAAGACAUCGUCAAUGGAAUUGCCACAAAUCCAUGCGGACACAAUUGGUCGCCUGGUAUUGGAGAAAUUCAUGGAGGUAAUUAAGGGACAGGAGGCGUAUUCGCGUCGUAAGGUUCUCGCUGGAAUUGUGAUGACAGAGAAUAUGAAUUUUAGUGAAGCCAAAGUUAUUUCAGUAUCAACUGGCACAAAGUGUGUCAGUGGCGAGCAUAUGAGUGUGAAUGGAGCUGUGCUCAAUGAUUCGCAUGCUGAAAUCGUGUCCAGACGUUGUCUACUCAAGUACUUAUACGCCCAAUUAGAUCUGCAAUGUAAUCAGGCAACAGCAUAUCAGUCGAUUUUCGUGAGGAAUACUGACGGGCUAUACCCAUAUAAACUAAAAUCCGGGGUACAUUUCCAUUUGUAUAUUAAUACAGCACCUUGUGGGGAUGCACGGAUAUUUAGUCCUCACGAAAACGACACUGGUGUUGAUAAACAUCCGAAUAGAAAAGCGCGUGGACAAUUGCGUACGAAAAUCGAAUCGGGUGAAGGAACCAUUCCGGUUAAAAGCAGCGAUGGCAUACAAACAUGGGAUGGCGUACUUCAGGGCUCACGAUUGCUUACCAUGUCGUGUUCGGAUAAAAUCGCACGCUGGAACAUUGUUGGUAUACAGGGUUCCCUAUUGUCUUCCAUAAUUGAACCAGUGUACCUGCAUUCCAUUGUGCUUGGCAGCCUCUUGCAUCCAGAGCAUAUGUAUCGUGCUGUUUGUGGACGCAUCGAGAAGUCCAUACAAGGCCUGCCGCCGCCCUAUCAUUUGAAUAAGCCACGUCUGGCUCUUGUCACAUCGGCCGAGCCACGCAAUCAGGCGAAAGCCCCCAAUUUUGGCAUCAAUUGGACCAUUGGCGAUACUGAAUUGGAAGUGGUUAAUUCCUUAACGGGCCGCACUAUCGGUGGUCAAGUGUCGCGUAUCACAAAGCAGGCAUUCUUUGAGAAAUAUAAUUUCCUAAUCACAAAUUUGCCGGGUAUACCCAAUCGUAAAUUGACCACGGACUAUGGUCAGACAAAGGCAAAUGUUAAGGAUUAUCAGACGGCCAAAUUGGAAUUAUAUUCGGCAUUCAAGCGAGAGGAUCUCGGCAGUUGGCUCAAGAAACCGAUUGAACAGGAUGAGUUUGGUCUUGUCGAAUGACUGCAUUCAGCAAAACCGUUAGCCACAAUAAUACCAACAGCAGCAGAAGCAUCAGCAGUUGAACCAACAAAAACAACUUUGGCAACUAAAGCAGUUAAUUUUAUGACAACAACUAGAAAAGACACGAGCAACGGCAAGCAAUUAGUAGACUAUUUAGUUUCUAGAACAAAUUAUAUUAACGACAAUGAUAAUCAUGAUAGUCAUGAUGAUGAUAAUAACGAUGAUGAUAAGGCAAAAGUUGUAGUACAUAAAGUUGUUGUUGUCAAUCAAAAAAACGGAAGCAUUAAAACAUCUAUAAUCAAUCAAUUGAAAAAGACAAAGAUGUAUGCUAAACACAAUAACAACAACAACAGAAACAUAAACAAGAAAAUAAACAAGAACAGUAACCAAAAUGUUCGAAUUAUGUUAACAAAUUGCUCUAGAAUAUUUCUAGAAUAGAAUGUAGUUUUUAUGCUGGAACUGAGUAAAGAAGUAUUAUGGCGUUUUAAUUGAAA